AUGGCCGACACGGAGAACUUUCCCGCGAGCGCGACUGUGAUCGACGACUCCAUCCGGUAUCUCGUAUACGAUCUGGCAUUCCCGCUUGUGUUAGACACGGCGCUCUUCAAUACGCACCUGAUUCUUGCUGUAUACUUUGUGUACCUGCUAUGGAAAGACCGCAAAACAACACCUACACUGCGCUUCAAACUGUUUCUUACCCUCGCGAUGCUCGUUCUAGCUUCGAUCUACUGGUCGUUAUCCGUAUUUGAUGUGCAUGACACCACACGGACCAUCCUCAAGUCUCCCGACAGCUAUAUCCCCGGCGAGAAUCCAUCUGCAUUUCUCAGUAUCGGCGGUCCACUAGGACUCGUGCAACAGAUUUCAGCCCUCCUUAUUCUUGCCAUCGGCGAUGGCGUCACGCUCUGGCGAGCGUAUGUCGUGUGCGGGAGACGGCGAUGGCUCCGCAUUUUGAAUAUAAUAUUGGUGGUCUUCGUCCUUUGCUUCCAAGCAGUAUUCAUUGGGAUAACGCAAGCCUUUGCCUACCUUUCUGUGGCUUACCUUUCGUUGCUCAUAACGUGGUUCCCGCACGUAUUCUCGACGCUACUGAUUGCAAGAAAGGCAUGGCUACACUGGAGAGACGUACGAGAGUUCGCGUACAAGUCUGGCAUGCGCCACAGCCUUGCGAUCCUCACCAUCGUCAUAGAAUCCGGCAUUAUAUACGUCGUCAUAUAUUUCCUCUACACUGCGACCAGCGUAGCCGGAGGAAUCUCAGGGAAAUAUAGCAUGCCAUACGAUUUCUUCAUCCCUCUAGCAGCAAUGUACCCAACUAUCGUCUUCCUUCUCCUAGCAGAGCGCAAAUCUCUACUCGAGCGCACGAUCGAUGCGGUGUCUACUCGCGAUGUCAUGCACUUCGCUGAGCCCGCGGGGACGCGUAGGUCGCACGCGGACCACACCGGUAUCCCCCUCGAUGCCAUCGAAUACACGCCGGUCCUGCAAAGCAUCCAUGGACAGGUUGGGACGGCAGAAGAACCAUCGGAUGCGCGAUUCGAAUCUGGCUUCAAUGUCGAUCUGCAAAACAGUGAGGCGCCAGUCAUGGACAAGGCAGCCGCUGUGUAA